UUGUCUUCCAUGGCCUCUGUCUCGGAAACCCCAUCUAACCCCUAUUUAUAAACCCCCCAUCAAUUCAUUUCUCUCACCCUCCGCAAAACCCACAUAGCAGAUUCUCCAAUUGUAGGUAUUUCUUUGUCGAUUUUCAUAUCGUCUCCAACUACACAGAUGGCGUCCUCACAAAACCAGAACCAGUCACCCAGCUUCCAUGACUACCUUCCUCUUAUGGCCCAGAAGCUUGGCGGCGAUGGCCUAAUCGGGGAGCUCUGCAAUGGGUUCAAUCUUUUGAUGGAUAGUGAAAGGGGUGUCAUCACUUUCGAGAGUCUUAAAAGAAAUUCUGCUGUAUUGGGACUGCAAGAUUUGAGUGAUGAUGAUUUGAGGUGUAUGUUAAAGGAAGGUGAUUAUGAUGGUGAUGGUGCACUGAGUCAGAUGGAGUUCUGCGUUCUUAUGUUCAGACUGAGCCCUGAGUUGAUGGAAGAGUCCCAGUUUUUGGUCGAGGAGGCUCUUAUGCAGGAGUUGAAGGAUUUUUCUUAUUGAAUAUUAAUCAUUCUUGGGCUUAGAUUUCCCAUUUAUAAUUUUUUUUUCUUUGCAAUUCUUUUUCAUUGCUAAUGCUAUUAGAAUGUAAAAACUAUAUAUAAAGAUGACAAAUUUACGGUUCAA